AAAAAUGGAGCAGAAGGCGAAUCAGAUGCAAGUUCAGUCUGAUAAUUCAGUCAUUGAGAGAGAGGAUCCAAGCACAGAAAAAAGUGUAGGUAUUACUCAAGAGCAAUCAAAUGACAGUUUACUAGUUAAAGUAAUUCCGCGGAAUUUUGAUGAGCUUCCAAAUUCCCACAAUACAAGCUCAGAAAAGCCUGGUGUUGAAGCAAAUAUGCACAUAGCUCUGAAUGAAGAAGACAAGAAAGAUUCUUUGGAUAUGCCAAGUUCGAUAGACAGCUCUAAAACUAGCAGUCUUUCAUCUAAAAACUUUUUAAAGCAAACACAUGGAUCUUGGAACAUAAAUCCAUGGGCAGAGCAAACAAGAAAAGGUAAAUCUCCAAACCAGGACAAGAGUGAGGCAUCAUGCACAAUUAGUCAAAAAGAUGAUUGCAAACCUAGUAGAGUCCAUCCAUUCGGAGUAUAUGUGGAUGCAGAUAUAGCAAAUUUUAGAGAAACUAUCUCCAAGAAUAGCUUUGACACUAUUGAUCAAGAAGAACACAAGGAGGAGGAUUCAGUCAAUCCUGUUACGAAGGGAUAUGAAAGUUCUCCCUCUUCAAGUAAAUGUCGAUCCAAUCAAGCUGACAUGUACUAUUCCACCAUUUGGGGCAGAUCUGAGUACAUCAUGAUAGAACUGAAUGUGCAGCAGAAGUAUAGAGACUUUCAGAGCAAGGUGUGCUCAGAUGUUAAAGAAAAUGGGUGUGAUGAUAUAUAUUUGGCAACAUCUCUAAAGUUUGAAUGCUAUAGAAAUGGUUCUCUUGCAUGGUAUAAACACAGAUUUCUCAGAAUUCCUGAUAAGAAUCAAAUUAUGAUUGAAUCAAAGAGAUUCAACGCUCUUGGAGUUUUCUUAUUUCAAAAUUUCCCAAGAAGAGUGCAAACCUGAUGGUUAUAUUAUCCACUUGAUGAUUGCCUUCUUCCCAACCAUAUUUUGCCUCAGAUCUUGAGAUUUAGCUCUUCAGUUAAAAAGGAAAUAUGUUUUUGUGGAUUCCAGUUCAAUGAAAAACAACUCAAAAGGUUUCUUGCAGCUUUCAGACAUGUUGAAAUUGUAGAGUUCUAUGGCUGCACUCUCUUAGUUCCAAGAGUUCCAGAUUUUUCGUUGGCUUUGAAGGGUUCUAAGAUCAGAGUCUUAAGAUUCACAUACAUUUCUUUCUCAAGAAAAUUCAAUUACUUCACCGGUCCUAAUGAACUGAAGAACUUGAUUGAAGGACUAGCCACUUCUCCUGAUCUCAAGAAAAGUUUGCAAGAGUUUCAUUUAGAAGGUUCCCGUUUUGAAAAAGAAUUGCUAGAAGUUUGUGAAGAAACAGUCACCCAGAUAUUUGUAAAGUAUUUCGGAAAGAGAAUUGUACUAAAAUAUUCCCCAUAUUAACUCAGAAGUAAUGGAUUG